AUGUCUGCGAAUUGUUCAAUGCAUGCCGGGAGUUGGACAAAGCUAACUUUGACUGAGUUGAAGGACUUGUGUGCAGCUUGUGGCCUCUCCGUAGAGAAUAAUAAAGAAGAGCUAGGUAAAAGACUACAUGCUUAUUUUGACAAGAGAAGAGAUAAAGGGCCGGAGGUGCAGUUGAAGAGGAGUAAUAGAAGACAAGAACUGGGGCCCAGAAAUGCUGAUGAUAGGACAGGAAAAGCAGUAGAUGUGGACUUGGAUGAAGAUAUAGGUGGUGAGGUUGAGGAUGAUUUAGAUAAAGACUCACAGAAAGCAGAUAAUAGGAUUAGAGAGGAAUUUGCAGCGUGUUUUAGAGGAAAAGAGAAAGUAAAGUCAGUUCCUGCUGACGUUUUUCUGAUUGCUUUAAAUAGCAUUAAAAGAAAGAUGGAUAGGAAUUUCUCAGCAUUGUAUAGGGAGAUUGAAGAAGGAGAUGUGUUAGAUGAAGCUUGGCCAAAAGUUAAAUUAUCAAGACCACGUAACCAGCACGAGUACGAUUUUUUGGCAAAGAUUGGUAAAUGUUUGGAUAAAACAAUCAGGAUGUUGCCGGAGUCUAAUAGAAAAGAAAUUGUUGGUGUGCGUGAGAAAGUUGAAUCAAGGGCUGCUACUCUGAGAUUAGCAGAUAACAGAGGAUGA